AUGAAUGCCAUGGACAACACCAGUUGCUUCCUUUUUUCCAUCUCAUUGCUAGUAAGCUUUUUCAUCGUUUGCUUGUCUAGCUCCAUCACAAACUUGACCACCGAUCAAUUCGCUCUUCUUGCCGUCAGAGACCAUAUCACUCGCAACCCUGAAGAUGUAUUGGCUAGUAAUUGGUCCACCACUAGCUCAGUUUGCAAUUGGGUUGGUGUCUCAUGUGGUCUUAGGCACCACAGAGUCACAGCCUUGAAUCUCUCUCGUACGGGUCUCCAAGGCACCAUCGCUCCACAUCUUGGAAAUCUCUCAUUCAUCGCGUCCCUCGACAUCAGUCACAACAAUUUCAAUGGCUAUGUACCUCAAGAGUUGGCUCAUUUGCAUUGA